AUGAGGGCGGUCGAUACGAAUCUCUCGCCGCGCAGACGCGACGUCGCGCGCGCCGCGAGCGACCCGCGCGGGGUGUCGCUCGUCGCGCGUCGUCGCCGUCCUCCCGCGGGCAUGCCCCGCGCGCUGCGCGGCGAGGCGCGCGCGCGCGAGCUCGUCGCGCGCGUCCUCGACGCGCCGCCGUCCGACGUCGCGGCCGUCGUCGCGUCGCUGCGCGAGAUGGCGACGUUCAUGACGACGACGACGACGACGACGACGACGACGACGACGACGACGACGACGACGACGACGACGACGACGCGGAGAGAGACGCGACGCGCGGGGUGGCUCCUCGACGCCGGCGCCGCGGAGGCGAUCGCGGGAGCGAUGCGCGCGCACGCCGAGGACGAGGACGCGCAGCUCGCGGGUGUCGUCGCGCUCGCGGAGCUCGCGUCGACGCUCGCGGACCCGGCGACGCGCGACGACGACGACGACGACGACGACGACGACGCGCGGGACGGCGCGCGCGCGACGCCGUCGGUGGCGUCGAGCCGCCGCCGCGGCGGCGGCGGCGGCGGCGGCGGCGACCCGGGGUUCGUGAUACGCGCGGACGAGUGCGUGGACGUCCUCGAGGUGACGACGCCGACGCCCGCGCGGACGACGACGCCGUCGAGCGGUCGACGAAUCGAUUCGCCGGCGGCGUCCUCCAUCACGCAUCAUCGCACGGACGACGACGUCGAGUUCGCGUACGCGUGCGUCCGCGGCCUCGCCUUCUUCCGCGAGCUCGACCCGAGCGCGAGGCGCGCGCUGCUGCGCGCGGCGACGGCGAGACGUCCCGCGCGAGGGGAAGUCGUCGCGUCGUCGAAGGCGUCGGACGCGAAGCGAUUCUUCUUUCUGAUCCUCCGCGGCGUCGUGUGCGUUCGCCGGCGGGCGGAAGAAGACGGAACGUCAACCGACGCCGCGCAGCACGGCGAAGGCGGACGCGGAGCGUCCAGCGGCGGGCUCGACGCGCCGUUGCUCGACCGUCACGACGACCGUCACGACGACGACCGUUACGAGGACCGUUACGACGACGACCACGACCACGACGACGACGACGAGCUCGAGCGAGAACUUCGCGCGAUGCACGGACGGAGAAGCGAUAUCUUACGCGCGGGGGAGGCGCGUUCUAUACACUGGUCCCCAUACGACCGCGUCGGCGUGGUGAACGCCGAUCCUUAA